AUGCGGUGGACGGCACUCCUUUUUGGUCUUUUUGCCUUGCUCGCUCUAGCGCAUGCUGAGAGCUCCGAAAAGAGCGAUGUGAAAAAAGUGGAGAAUGAGGAGGGAAAGGAAGAGUCAACCACUCUUCCAUCAACAACCACAAUUACAAAUACUGAGAAUACGACAGAGAAUGGAGCUGAUAAAUCCUCCAUUUCCUCAUCAUCAUCAUCUCAAUCAACGGAAAGACCCAAAAAAGAGGAAACGAGUAAAGAAAAUGAGGAGGAGAAAGAAGAGAAAAUGAAGAAAUUGUCGAGAGCGAAGAGGCAAUGUUGCUUCGCGGCACAGAACAAUUGCUGUGUGCCACAACAGAGCAAUCAAUGCAAUUGUCAAGCACUACAAAUACAGGUUCAACAAUGCGAUUGCGCGAAUAUGUUGCAAUCUCAAUGCGGUUGCUCGGUGCAGAAUUCGGGUUGCAAUUGUCCCUCACUUCAGCUACAAUACGCUCAAUGCGGAUGUGGCUCACUCACCUAUCAAGUCUCUUGCAAUCAAUGUCCUCAACAACAAACGUGCACUCCGGCUUGUAUGCCAACGUGUGCUCCGUCCUGCACACAGCAACAAUCGCAGCCGAUCAUCAUCGUGCAAGCACCCCAACAACAACAAUGCGCUCCACAAUGUAUGCCUUCAUGUCAACCAGUUUGCGUUCAACAGGCUUGCACUCCGGCUUGUCAACCAAUGUGCUCAUCAUCUUGUGUCUCUCAACAACAGCAACAAAUCAUCAUUGUUCAGCAACCCCAACAAUGCGCCUCUCAAUGUAUGCCCUCGUGUCAACCAGUUUGCAUUCAACAGGCUUGUGCCCCGGCUUGUCAACCGAUGUGUUCAUCGUCGUGUGUCUCCCAACAACAGCAACAAGUCAUCAUCGUUCAGCAACCCCAGAACCAAUGUGCUUCGUCUUGUAUGCCCGCUUGUCUUCCCAGUUGUACACAGGGUUGUUCGUCAAACAAUUGCAAUAACGAUCAACAAAUCAUCAUUGUUCAGCAACCCGCUCAACAGCAAUGUGCUUCUCAGUGUAUGCCCGCUUGUCAACCAACGUGCAUUCAACAGGCUUGCGCACCAGCUUGUCAACCAAUGUGUGACAACUCUUGCGUCUCUCAACAACAACAACAAAUCGUCGUUGUUCAGCAACCGGCUCAACAACAACAAUGUGUUUCCUCUUGUAUGCCCUCGUGUUCGCAGAGUUGUGUUUCGCAGGCUUGCGCUCCGGCCUGUCAACCCAUGUGCGAUAACUCGUGUGUGUCACAGCAACAAGCGCAAAUUGUUGUCGUUCAGCAACCGUCUUCCUCUUCUUCGUCUUGUCCAUCUUCCUGUCAGCCACAAUGCUCUCAACAAUGCAUUCAACAGCAACAAAUUUGUGUGGCCGCUUGUGAGCCAUCGUGUCAAUCAUCGUGUAACAACAAUGCUCAAUGUGUACAGGCUUGUCUUCCAUCGUGUGAAAGCUCGUGUGUGCAACAGUCUCAACCGGUUGUCGUCGUUCAACAAAAUCAGAACAGUUGCCCGUCCUCUUGUCAACCACAAUGCUCAAGUCAAUGCAUUCAACAAUACACGAUUUGCUCAUCCGCCUGUCAACCUUCGUGUCAAUCAUCGUGUGGCGGAAACUCUCAAUGUGUUCAAGCGUGUGUUCCAUCUUGUGAAAACUCGUGUGUCCAACAACAACAACCACAGGUGAUCGUUGUUCAGCAACAACCCCAACAACAACAAUGUGUCCCGGCUUGUCAGCCACAAUGCACACAACAAUGUCAACAACAGCAAGCAAUUUGUGUGCAAGCGUGUCAACCAUCGUGUCAAUCCUCAUGUGGUAGCAAUCAACAAUGCACACAAACUUGUCAAUCCUCUUGUGCUCAAUCGUGUGCCACUCAACAGGUGGUCGUCGUGCAACAACAACAGCCACAAUGCGGACAAUCAUGUCAGGCUCAACCCGUGAUGCAAUGUGUCCCUCAAUGUCAGCCAGCUUGUCAACCAUCGUGUACAGCACAGCAACAGGUGUACGUGCAACCAGCAGCGAUCACAAUGUGCGGUCAAUCGGCGAAUAAUGGCUGUUCAUGUGGGCAAGGGUAUGCACAAUGCAUGCAAGGCGUUUGCUGUUUGCGGAAGAGACAUCGUUUUGCUAAGAAUAAGCUUGUU